CCAUGAUUCUCCUUGGCAGAUAACUCAUAACUACUAGCAUUUAAGCUUGAUGUCCUUGAUUUCCGAGACUGCCUGUCCCAUUCCUGUCUCUCUGUUAGUUACCUGAGAAGAUAUGGAAGGAGAAAGUACAAGAAGCUUGAGUGCGUCUCUUCUUGCUCAAGAAAACCACAAGAGAGAAGGCCUAGAUGGGGGUGGCUCUGCCACAGUUGUGCUAGUGUUCAGUACCUUCAUCGCUGUAUGCGGCUCCUAUGUUUUUGGUGCUACAAUUGGAUAUUCAUCCCCUGCUGAGACUGGAAUCAUGGAUGACCUAGGUCUUUCUAUUGGAGAGUACUCAGUUUUUGGCUCCAUUAUGACAAUUGGAGCAAUGUUGGGUGCGCUCAUGAGUGGAAAGACUGCAGAUUUUGUCGGCAGGAAAGGUGCAAUGGGGAUUUCAGAAGCAUUCUGCACUGUAGGGUGGCUUGCAAUCGCAUUCUCACAGGCUGCAUGGUUGCUUGAUUUCGGAAGACUGUUAACUGGAUGUGGGGUUGGAGUUCUUUCUUAUGUGGUACCAGUAUAUAUAGCAGAAAUUACUCCUAAGAAUCUUAGAGGAAGCUUUGCAAGUCUCCUACAGUUCAUGAUAGCCCUUGGCUCAGCCAUGACAUAUUUCAUAGGAGUUGUCGUCUCUUGGCGUAUCUUGGCACUUAUAGGAACUAUUCCGUGUCUGGUACAACUGCUGGGACUCUUCUUUAUUCCGGAGUCUCCAAGAUGGCUGGCAAAAGUUGGAAGACAUAAAGAGUGUGAAAGUGCUUUACAACACCUUCGAGGAGUCAAUGCUGAUAUAUCCCAAGAAGCUACUGAAAUUGAGGAUUACAUAGAAGCCCUUCAACAGCUACCAGAGGAUAGAUUUCUGGAAUUGUUCCAAAGGAUGUACGCUCGGGCACUCAUUAUUGGAUUUGGGCUGUUGUUACUCCCACAAAUAGGAGGUUAUAAUGCAAUUGUAUUUUACGCAAGCUCAAUAUUCAAAAAAGCUGGUUUCUCAACCACAGUUGGAACUAUAGUAAUGGCUGUUGUUCAGAUUCCAACGACCAUCUUAGGUGCACUCUUAAUGGAUAAAGCAGGAAGAAGACCACUUUUAUUGGUUUCUGCAUCUGGAACAUGUCUUGGCUGCCUGUUAGUCGGCUUGUCAUUCUCGUUGCAGGACCUUCAGUGGUGUAAAGAACUGACUCCGGGACUGGUUUUUGUUGGAAUACUGAUGUUCAAUGCGUCCUUUGGAUUAGGACUAGCGGGAAUACCAUGGCUGAUAAUGUCAGAGAUAUUUCCCAUGAAUAUCAAGGGUUCAGCUGGAAGCCUUGCCUCCGUGGUCAACUGGCUCAGUUCAUGGAUUACCACAUAUGUUUUUAACUUCCUAAUGGACUGGAACUCUGCAGGAACAUUUUUCAUUUUCGCAAGCAUUGGUGGCUUAACUGUUCUAUUUGUUGCAAAGAUAGUCCCAGAGACAAAGGGACGAACACUGGAAGAAAUUCAAGCAGUAAUUAACCCAUUAAAUAAUAAAACAAAUGGCAAUGAAAAUUGUGGAACUUCGCCAUGAUUGUAAAAAAAGGUUGAUUCUGUUUUGCUAAAGCUCUCAUCUGAAGGUUCGCAGCAUGUCCAUGAUACUAACUGGAGCAUACUGACAGAGAUGUGAUUGAGGUUCCUUUGUGUACCGUAUUUUUUGUUCUGGAGAAGAUGUAUGCUAUUUAGAGCUUGUAUAGUGUGAUUUGCAAGAGUUUUUGCUUUGGGUAUGGUUAUGAGUGAUAAAUUUAAAUUUUUAUU